UCCAUUAAUGUAUUUGCCAUAACCAUCACUUAUUCUCAUUUCCUAUUAAUCUCCUCAUGGAGGACCUGCAUCUCCUCCAUCCCCUCCUCAUACCCACAACCACAACCACCGCCACUAUUGCUAGCACAGCGGUUGCCUCGGAUGAUCACGAUUACAAGUAUUAUAAUAAUAAUAAUCAUAAUAAUAAUAAUAAUAUAUUAGUUUCAUCAAACUGUAUUUUAUUGAGGGUGAUCUCAGUGUUGUUGAUUGGAAUUAUCUCCAUCUGGGCGAACUACGAAGCCUCCAAAGGUUUCAAGAUCACCAUCAUCAAUGAGGCUGCUGACUCUCCCGCAGGCAAACGCUUCACACUCUUAUACGUAUCAAACGACAAAGCCACUCGUAUACUCCUUAAUCAAACAAUCCAACAGGGUAUGGCACGGAUAUGGCUAUAUAAUGCCGCCGAUAACGCAGUGUUCCACCACAGUAAUAUUACUACUGCACCUCCCAUCUCUCUUAUCAAUGGCAUGGUUGAGUACAUAAUUAGCAUCUUGGCAGGUAAAGGUAAUUCUGCUGCAGGAGGAGGCCGCUCGGGAGGUUAUUCUGCAUGUAUGCCGGUAGAAGAAUCUGACAACAACGUUUGCUGGAAGGAUAGGGAUCCUAAGGCGGUGGCACAUUUCUUGAAUUAUUGUGAGGGCCACCGAGAAGGAUUCAUCAGACGGUUGAACCAAGCCAUGAAAAAUGGCUGGCACAAUGAGACACUACUACUGGAUUGUGCGUUAGGCUUGCCAGCUAAGCAUCUUUGUGCAUCCUACAAAUCCUCAUUAUUAAUGUACAAUAUCCAUUCAAAUUCAUUGGAUUUGGACUCCACCAAUAUUAUCCCACCAUGUUAUCUAACUUAA